UGAAAAUUUUCCAGUUUGGUAAAUUGUAUUUUGAUUUUUGUGCUCGUGGUUUGUAAUUAAGUUAGUUUAUAUAUAAAAGUAAUAAUAUUAGGUCAAUGUUAAAUUUAUAUCGAAAUACUGAAUGUUUUUUAAUAGAACAAACGAAGCUGAAUUAGUCGCGUUUGCGCUGAAUUGGCAUCGGCAACCCGAAGCAGAUCGAAAAACGAGUACGAGGGACUCUUAUUCCAAAUAGUAAUUUCAAAAUGGCGUCAGUGAUUUUUGGUGGUAUUUAGUGUCUGUUUAGCGAAGUUUCCGCGGUAUUUGUGCAGCUGAAAAGUUAAAAAAUUCUGAAAGAUAAUAAAUCUUAUGUGAUACGCGCUGUUGUUGAAGGAUAUAUAUAUUUCUAGCAGUUGUGCCUUUUAAUUUUCAUCUAGUGAUAAUUCACGUAAAAAUGGCGCAUGUAACUAAGGAAGCGAUGUAACUUUCUUUUUUUACAACUUUUCGAUUUUGUGGAGUGCAGUAUAUGCUUAUCUAGAAAACAAGUCGUACAGCGCGUUGUGAAUGUUAUAACUUGCACUCCUUAUUGCAGUGUGACAAGUGGCAAGUGGUACAGUCCGAGGUAGAACACGGCAUACAUCGUUUUUUAUUGCCAGCGUGGGAACAUACGGGAAAAACUUCAUAUAUACCUUUUUAAUUACCGAAAAAUUGAAAAAACUUCACAAAACGUGAGUGUAGCAAUUGCUUAUAGAGUGAAAAAGGCGGGUAAAGGAAAACAUUAUCGUCAAAAUGUGUGCAGCACAUAGUAAUCCGCAACAGGGCUUCGGCUACACCUGGGGCUUCGCAGACAAUACACGGACGGAGUCUGUAUUAGAAAUUCCGGCAAAUAUAAAUUACACAGUCAGCAGCGAAUCCAUGCCAUAUCUACUGUCUACAGAUGGAGCUUUAACUGUGCAAAAAGAUGUUAAAGGGGGAUUGACAGCACAGAAAGGUGGAGUUGUUCGUCGGAUGUUUGUCGUAAAUGAACCGUUUGCACCAGGAGCUCAACGAGUCAUAACUGCAGGUACUACUACACCAUCGGUGGUGAAGAAACAAGACCAACAACAAGUGCUCAGUAUUAACUGCGACAAAAAUUACCUACUUGUAGAUCAAUCAGAUCAGUCACAUUCUCUGACUAAUGGUAUCGUCGACACGAAGUCACAAACCAUUCUAACAACAGCUGGCGCUAAAACGCAUUUCAGUCCCAUCGGGCCGAUUCAUCUCACUGCAGAGGAAUGCAACGAGAUAUUAAUGAAACGAGCGCUUGCCGCAUCUCACCAGACUCACACGAUCACUACUCCAGACGGACAUGGGACGACAAGUGACAUUUUGCCGGGGAUUUCGGUACAAGUUCAGAAAGUUAUUCAAGGUUUAGAGGAAACUGAAGAUUCACAAGGGGAUGCACCCAACUUAAAGUUGGAGCCUGGUACAUUGGAGCUAUCUCCUAAAACUGAGUUGCAAGAUAAUAUGAACUAUAAUGAGAACGAUGCUACCGUUAAGAAAGAGCGUCCAUAUAGUUGCGAUGAAUGCGGCAAGUCGUUUCUCCUGAAACAUCAUUUAACAACACAUGCGCGGGUACAUACAGGCGAGCGGCCGCAUGUGUGUGUGCAUUGCAGCAAGAGCUUUGCUCAUAAGCAUUGCCUUAACACGCAUCUUCUUUUGCAUUCAACUGAUCGACCCUUUCAGUGCACCGAAUGCAAGAAAAGUUUUACUUUGAAACACCACCUGUUGACACACUCACGUGUUCAUAGUCGUGAUCGGCCAUUUAUUUGCCCCGAAUGUGGGCGCACGUUCCCCUUGAAGCGGCAUUUAGUAACACAUAGCAAAUUUCACGCUGGUGAACGACCAUACGUGUGUGAAGAAUGUGGAGAAAGUUUUGCUCAGGAGAAUCACUUAAUAAUGCAUUCACGUUUUCAUGGAUCGUUGAAUCCAUUCGUAUGUCCAGAUUGCGGCGCUACUUUUCCACGCAAAUUCCAGUUGGUGAACCAUGGUCGUAUACACGGAAAAGUGCCACACUCCUGCACCUUGUGUGGCAAAGAGUUUUUACAAAAGCGUACGUUGGUAUCUCACAUGAGGGUUCACACUGGCGACCAGCCAUAUCCAUGCAUUAGUUGCGGGGAAGGAUUUAUGUCGAAAGCCGAGCUAAAUCAGCACGUACGAAACACACACGGAGGCGUAAAUCCAAACUCUUCGAACACUGCGGUAAAUUCUACGCAGCCUCAACAUCAUACACAACAACAACAACAGCAGCAGUCGCAACAGCAGACGCAAGCGUCACAUCCACAAACUAUUACUGUUGUCAGUAAUUCAGCGAAUCCAGCAUUAUUAACCGUGGCAGGCAAUGAUAAUAAUCUCGCUCGUCCCCAAUAUGGGUGUCGUGAAUGUGGAAGUGCCUUUAAUAGUAGAGAAGCUUUAGCGCUUCACUUGCGAUUGCACACCGGUGAUAAGAGCCUUAUGACUGAUUUGUGCGCAUUAACUGCGGCCUUGCCUGGUCACUUCCUCAACACAGGCCUUAACCCAGGUACUGCCGGAGUUGUGGCCACCAACCCCAACAUUGUGGCACAAAAUGCUGUGCCUGUGCAGAUUAUUUCAUCAACAGGUCAAGUCAUGACCCAAACAACACUUGUGCAGGCAGCCGCAGCAACACAUCCACAGGGAGUUGUUACCAGUGUACCUGGAGUGAUGCACCACCAACAGCCACAACAGCAGCUGACAAACACAGCGCCACAACAGCAUCAUCCACAACAGCAGCAGGUAACGCCGCCAAAGCCAAAGUCGCACUUUUGCGCUAGUUGCGGUAAAGGCUUUGCAGCCAAGCAUGGCCUUAUGCAACACAAUCGGCGACAUCCCAAUGGUGGUUGUACUGUUCGCACACAUGUAUGUGAAUGUGGCAAAGCAUUCUUCCAGAAGAAUCAUCUGAUGCUACAUCAGCGACAGCAUUUGGAGACGAAACCGCCAUCUGCUGCCACGCAACAACAGCAGCAGCAACAACAACAACAACAGCAGCAGCAGCAACAACAACAACAACAACAACAACAACAGGUGCGUUGAUUGCAUUGCUAAAAAUAAACAAAAAUGCUACGCAGCGCUGCGUAUCAUGCAAAAAUCCGCAAAACAGCAAAAUAGCAAAGCAGCAAAAUACGCAAGCCGGCUUUGCAACGCUUCCAUUAUAGUUUUUUACACGAGUUCGGUAACGUUACGCUGAGAUACAUAACCAACGCAUAACAACAAGCCAGAAUCCUCUUAUCAAACAACCA